AUGGAAGCGGCACUUUACAAGGAUUGUCACGAUCUAAUAGAAGAAUUCAUUAACAAUGAUUCCGUCGAAUUUUCCAGCUUUUGUUCCGUGUGGAAAAAACAAAUGUUCCAACAUAUCUAUGCUGUGCAAACAUCUGUAUUGGAAGUUAUACAAACAACUAAGACCAUCUUUCACAUGGCCAAAAGAUCAAUUUGUGCCAAAGAUGAAUUUGGUAAAUAUCUAUCGAGUACUGAGGGUAAUGAACGGCGAAAUCUGCUGCGACGAAUUGGUGGCAUGUACCUAAUGUAUGCCAUCUAUUUUAAGCAGCCAACGAAGGAAUAUGUCAAAAUUACUGUCAGCUUGGAGACAUGGCGUGAUACUGUAACAUUCAUGGAAUCGUUGAGCGGUGACCCAAAAAUGGAUCAUGUCCGUUACGUAUUUUGGCGUUUGUACAAAGCCGGGGCAUUUCGUUUUACAGCUAUGGAUUAUUGUGUUGGGCCGGAAUUGGUUGAUUAUGAUAAAAUAACCGUGGAGCAGAACGAAGCAGAAAAACACACCGAAGUUAUAAGGGUAACAGCCAAAGAUAAAUUGCUGUUGGUUCCCGAAAUACAAGAUGACCUUAAAGAAAUGACUGCCCAAGAGGAUGAAUAUAAUGCACUGAAAAAGUCAAUUGGAAAGUCAAAAACUGCCACAUUACCUCCUACUAACAUCUUUAAGAAUAUGAAUUAUGUUUUCAAUAAUAUUAAAAAUAUAUUGGAUGGAACAACUGAAGGGAUUUCAGAAACUAACGACAACACCAUAAGCAAAAGGCGUAGAGAUUUAAAACGUAAAGCUGCCGCUAUUGUAAAUUCUCAUGAUGACGAUUUGACAAAUGAAUCGGCAUCAUCAUCCUCUGCAGUCGAAGAUGAUGGCGACUAUGAAGAAAAUGAUGAAUUAAAUCAAUUUCAAAAUCCCAAUGACACAGAUGAUGAAAUGAUUGGUGGCCAUGAUUCUAGUGUUGCUAGUACAUCGAAAGUAUUACUUGAAGAUUCUAAAUUGAUAAUUAAAAAGGAAUCAAAAUAA